AUGCAGCCUUCACCGCGAAGAGCCUCGCAAGCGAAGCCGACUCGGGCUCCGCCGAAACUGCCGUCUGUCUCUCCAUGGAGUAGCUCCGAGUCCUCCGACGAGCAGGCGACGCCGUCGGCUCCCGCCAUGCAGGCCGAACGAAAACGCAAGGGGCCGCCUCCACUUCCCUCCAUGCCGCUUCCUGCGGGCGAUGCGCCGGUGCGCGAUCCUUCUCCGAUGCCUGACGAGCGCCGACAGCCCGCCGUCGUCGACCCCGGACUGGACGAUGCGCCAGUGCAGCGGAAGAAAACCGCCGUCGUCCGCAAGCAGUCGCACCUGCCAGCGUCCUCUGCGCUACGUGAGGAUGGCGCGCCGCCCUCUCCGCGGCCGCUGCGCAGUCAGUCGGCGGUUCGCCAGGCGCCGUCGCGGCAGACCUCGAAGCAAGAGCCGAGAGUGGCCUCCCUCGACGGACAGUCCGUGGACGGAGGCGUGACCUCGCCGACGCGCAGUCUGUCGCCGUCUCGCAGGAGCGGCGCUUCGAGGAAGAGCCCGACGAAGAUGGCAAGCCUUGCGUCUUUGGCCUCAAAGGUGUCGAUGCGGGAGGACGCCCCAGCCAAGCCGUCGUCGCCGUCGCAGAAGGCAGCGCCGCGCGGGGGGGGGUCGCCGAAGAAGGCUGCCAAGGAGCAGCCCUCCAAGCCUUCGCCGAAGAAGCUCCCCCCGCAGAGCUCGGGCGUUGGCAAAAUGACCACAAAGUCCUUGAUGACGCGUGCAGUUUCGCAGGUGUCCGCGACAAGCACCCGAGGCAGUGCCAAAGCUAAAACCGGCGCGGGCACGCCCCGCACGGAUCCGUCCAGGGCGAGCUCGCCGUCGACGGGCUCCGGCAAGCGCGCGGAGAACGCCGCGGAGAAGGCCGCGAGGCGCAGCGAGGAGCAGCGACAGAAGCCGAAGCCGGCACGGCCCUUUACCGGCGUGCGAGAAGAUGACAAGUUAGAAACGAUGAUUAAGUUCGCCGAAAAGGCCGUCGCGGGAGCCAAAGAGCAGAAUGACAGCGGCAGGAAGUACAGCAGCCGUCUCAAGCAGCUCGAAGAGUCGCGCGACGAGCUGCAGAGGAAACUGCAGGAAACGCGCUCGGAGGCCGAGGCAGAAAUCUCUGAGCUGCGGAAAGAACUCGCGGCGAAGGAGAGCGCCCUCAGCGUGCAAAACGCCGCGCGCCUGCAUGAGGCGCAGCAGCGCGUCGACGACAUGGAGCGCGACUUGCAAAACAAAAUACAACGGCAUGCAGACGAGAAGCGCGAGGCGGAGAGAGCGAGGGAGCGCCUUGAGAAGGAAAUCGAUGACAUGCGCGUGCAGCACAAACGGGAUCUCGCGGAGACCGCGCGGGAGAGACAGCGGGAAGUCGAGAAGAGCGAACACAAGCUUCAGUCGAUGACAGACACGAUUCAGUCGCUGAGCACGUCUGUCGCUCAACUCCAGGAAAUCAGCGACGUGUCGAGGUCGGCGCUUCAAGCGAUGGAGGAGAGGAACAAGCUGGUCACCGCGAAGUUGGAGCUUUUGACGAAAAAGGACGCUGAGCGCGAGAAGGAAAUGCGGAAAAUGAUGCCGACUCGCGAAGCGAAGCGCCUAGCCUUUCGCGCCCUGCAGAAGGGAAGGGCUGUGGAAAUGAUUUUCCACGCUCUCUCCCACGCAAACAACACGUUGUUUGACAAGGCCUGGGCGCUGGCGAAGAUGGUCGAGGUUUCCCGGCUCCAACAAAUCGUCGCUCACAACAAGGGGGUUGCUCUGGCGUCGGGUAUACCCGCCCACAGUGAGCUCUUGGAUCAGAUCGUCGCCCCGUCGAACAGCCGGCCUUCAGCCGCGAGAUGGAUGUUCUCCGUCUUUCAAGGCGUGGUUCGACUGCGGCUUCUCUCCGGCUUUUCAGCUUUGAAAGGUAUCAUGGUCGAGAGCAAACGCGAGCACACAGUCCGGUCCCUGCAGGACAGGUUCAACGAGAUGCGCCUGAACGCGUAUAACGACAUGGUCAAGAGGAUCAGCGCGACAAAGAUCUUCUGUCUCCUGAGGAUCUUAUGGAUGAAGUCCGCGUACGGAUGCAUGUUCUCUCUGAUGACGAAUGCGGCUGGCAAAAAACCAAUGAAAAAUGCCCUGAGCGAGGCGUCACGGUAUCUGGAACCAGCUCCGACAGAGCCAUUCGCUCCCGACAACUUCCCCUUUCGAGUCGUUUCAGGAGAAGUGCAGCGAGUUCCCCUGGUCGGAGGGCCUGCGGUUAUGGGUGGAAAGCCACUAGCACUCGGCGCCUAUAAGAACGAGUCGUUUCUCAACAACGACGCGCCAAUGGCGAUGCAGCCGUACUACUACGGCCAACUUCCAUCCGUACAACGGAAAAGACCACAGAACGUCUUCAUUCCAAUGCAAGAGAAGCCACCUAUCCCGACAGGUUACGUGGGUCAAGGAAGCUACAUGGAUCAGCAGCUGACUCUAGGGGUGCCUUUUAGUGACUUGAGAGGCACGCAGUCUACGACGUUUCCGGUCUCGCACGGCACGCGUCUCAACGUGGCACCAAAAAAUAUCCCGACGGGUCCUUAUUCACCUGGCUCGCCCGGAAAAAUCGAUGAGAAGGCCUCUGUUUUCCGAAUGCGUACGGCUCAGCAAGAUGUACAGAAAAGGCUCUGGGGUGGUCAAAAUCACGAACUGACUGCCAGUGGCCUGGAUCGCGUGGUUGUGGGGAAACCCAUCAGCUAA